AUGGGCGGCAAUGGCUGCCUCCUGGCGCCGUGCUUCUGCGGGGCGCUGCUGUCGCGGCGGCGGAAGGCGCGGCUGGUGCUGUGGGGCGGGGAGUCCCGGGCGGCCCGGCACGGGAAGCUGGCGGGGCAGGUGAUGCUGGAGGUGGCGGGCACCGUGGUGUGCCGCGCCGAAGCUUUCUACCUGGGCCGCCCCGCGCCCGUGCUGGCCAUCGAGGACAGGCUCCUGGGCGGCGGCACCUACCUGGUGCUCCCCGUGGACCGCCUCCCGCAGGGCUACGACGCGGUCACCGCCGCGUCGCUGGCCGCGCUCUCCUACGACAGGGCUGCAGGUGGCGGCGCUGGAGGGGGCUCGUCGUCGCCGUCCAUCGCGGGAGGGCCCCGAAGUCCGUUCGAGUACGUGAAGGGCGACGACGGGCGCACGGUCAUCAAGGUCACGCCCGAGUUCCUCAUCGGGGCCAUCACGGCCAGCAGCAGGGCCGCCAAGGAAGACAAGGACGACAACGGCGAGGCGUGCGCCGGGGCGCUGUGCAGCACGCCCGAGCUGAGGAAGCACUACGAGCAGCUGGUGGGCGCCGCCAGGGGCCGCGCGUGGUCGCCGCGCCUCGACACCAUCAAGGAGCGCAAGGGCAGGAGGGGCAUCGCCCUCGCGGCGGUCGUCAGCCCCGGCAAGCUGUCGCCGUUGGCCGUCACCACCAGGCUCCUCUCGGGCUCGACGCCGCCAAAGCAGAAACCAGGUAGCGAUAUCAGGCUGCAGGUGUAG